AUGCCGGGCGAGAGACGGAACCUCAGGUCCACCAAAGACACUUCAUCAUCUACAAACGGCGAGGAACCACGAUCAAAUUCCCAAAGCUCCAGCUCCAACAAGGAUCAGCCAGUGCCCACCACCAGAGCAACGUCAUCAAAAGGCAAGACCUUACCUACGAAGAAGGCUUCGGGAAAGGAGGGAGCUGAGGACAAGCCACAUACAAAUGGGACGGAGCCGGUGGAGAAUGGCAUCAACGGGACUGAAGAUGUUGAUAUGGUAGAUGACGGGUCCGAAAAGGUCAAAGUAGGGACAAAUAAAGAGGGCGAGGACGAGAUGACCUUGGUUGUGCCACCGCCGAAGAGCUCAAAGCUGUCAGGAGAGCCUAACAAAGAUGAAGAGGGUGAUGUUGCAAUGGAGAACACCAAUAAGAGCGAUAACAUUAGCUCUGAGCUCGAUCCUAGAGCUAAAGCUGUUGCAGACGUCAAAGCAAACUUCGCAUUGUUAGAACGCGCUGUUGCGCAGUUCGAUGCCCGUUUCACUUUACGAGUCCUUCGGUCUAUCUCAUCUAUUCGGAAACACCUGGCGCCAGAUCUUCUCGCCCAAGUCAUUACAGAAACUUACACCUCAACAAGCUCUGUUGCAAAGACCCUUUUGGCUGCUUUAGGAAAAGAAGAUGCGUCGUUCGAGGGCCCAGAUGCACUUUCAGAAAUGGACAUCGACACACAGACAAAGGACAAGCCCCAAACCACAAGCAAGUCAACCACUCUCCCGAAAGACGUCCUCCCAGAGGUGGACACUUAUCUAUCAAUCCUUGUCCAAAUUCAUCUCUAUGAUACUAAAGCGACCGAAUUCGGGGCCAAAUUCUCCAGCAACCUCGUGGAGAGACUUCGCUCCCUGAACCGUCGUACUCUAGAUGCCUUGUCUUCCCGGGUUUACUAUUACUACUCUCUCUUCUUUGAGCAGCUUGCCCCACUACCUCCUUCGCCUAUGGCAUCCGCUGUGUCCAUCCGCCCCCAUUUGCUGGCCGCACUUCGAACCUCGGUUUUACGGAAGGACCAAGACACCCGCGCUACCGUUACUACCCUUUUACUACGAAAUUACCUAUCAACAUCUCACAUUACUCAAGCCGAUCUGCUAAUAUCGCACUCUGAAUUUCCUGCAGCUGCCUCGAACAACCAAAUCGCUCGAUACCUCUACUAUCUUGGCCGGAUACGGGCAAUUCAACUGUCAUACACCGAGGCCCAUGAGCAUUUAGUUGGCGCUACUCGCAAGUCACCCGCAACACCAAGUGCAGGUGGCUUCUACCAGGCGGCUUCAAAGUUGUUGGUCGUAGUUGAGCUCCUUAUGGGAGACAUUCCAGACCGAGCCAUAUUCCGCCAACCGAGUCUCGAGCAUGCCAUGGAGCCUUACUUGAGCCUUGUCCAGGCCGUACGUGUUGGCAAGAUUGAAGGAUUUCUCAACGUUGUCCAGACACAUAAUGCUUUGUUCAGACGCGACGGUACCUAUACUCUGAUCCUUCGUUUGCGCCAAAAUGUCAUCAAAACUGGAAUCCGUAUGAUGUCUCUGUCGUACGCCAAGAUCUCAUUGCGGGACAUCUGCUUGAAGCUAGACCUGGAGAGCGAGCAAUCGGCAGAGUAUAUUGUGGCCAAAGCAAUCCGAGAUGGGGUCAUUGAGGCUUCCAUCGACCAUGAGCAUGGUUUCAUGAAAAGCAAGGAGCUUGGCGAUGUCUAUGCUACCCGUGAGCCUGGCGAAGCCUUCCACGACAGAAUUAGAGCGUGCCUCGGUCUGCAUGAUGAAAGCGUAAAGGCAAUGCGGUAUCCUAUGAACCAACAUCGACUGGAGUUGAAGAACGCUCAAGAAGCUCGUGAGCGCGAGAGAGAGUUAGCAAAGGACAUUGUCGAAGGCGAGAUGGAUGACGAUGACGCCAGUGGAGACUUCGAAGGAAUGUGA